AUGGCUUUCAAGCCUAGUGGUGUGUACGAAAUCACAGUCAGGUACCGUAUGAUAAAGUACCCUCUCUCUAGCAAUCUCACAGCAAAACAAGGCUAUUUCUUAAUAGUGAUCAUUUGGGCCUUUGGCUUCACAAUUUGCUCCCCUCUGCCAGUUUUCCAUAAAACCGUGGACCUCAGCAAAACUCUCCAUUUAGAGGGACUGGAGAACAGGCUGUUGUGCAUCGAGGCAUGGCCUUCUGAUUCCUACAGGAUCGCCUUCACGAUAGCUCUGCUGCUCAUGCAGUACAUCCUGCCGCUGGCGUGCCUGACCGCCAGCCACACCAGCGUCUGCAGGAGCAUAGGUGCUAGGCUGUCAAACAAGGAAAACAGGUUUGAAGAAAAGGAGAUGAUAAACCUAACUCUUCAUCCCUCUAAGAGCACUGGCACGCAGGUUCAGCCCUCCAGAUAUUCCAGGUGGAGCCGUGCCUUUGGCAGAAGGCACCACAGAAGAUACAGUAGAAAGACUUCAAGUGUGAUGCCAGCUAUUUCAAGGCAUCAUCAGGAUACUCAUUCCAGACAUCUCCCAGAAACCUCUGACACAGAAAAAAGCCAGCUCUUUUCCUCCAGUAAAUUCAUUCCUGGGAUCCCUAUCUGUUUUGAAAUGAAGCCAGAAGAAAAUACAGAGAUCCAGAACAUGAUUACAGUAUCCCAGUCCAUCAUCAGAAUUAAGACAAGAUCGAGGAGGGUUUUUUGCAGACUGACAGUUCUAAUACUAGUUUUUGGCUUCAGUUGGAUGCCUCUUCACCUUUUCCACAUUGUGACGGAUUUUAAUGCCACUCUCAUUUCCAACAGGCACUUUAAAUUAGUAUAUUGCAUAUGCCAUUUGUUGGGUAUGAUGUCCUGCUGCUUGAAUCCCAUUCUCUAUGGGUUUCUUAACAACAGCAUAAAAGCUGAUUUAAUGUCCCUUAUUCCAUGCUGCCAAAUACCAUGAUUUUAUGUGCCCCAAGAUAAAGUAAAACAAACAGCUAUGGCUUUCAAGCCUAGUGGUGUGUAUAGCUGUAAAAGCUAAAUUAGUUUAGUUUAGUUAGUUUGACUUCGUUGUGAUUAGUAGCAUUUUUUUGUGGAUGGAUAGUUCUACGGCUGCAUGUAUUUCUUACAUUGGGCAGAAAUAUAUGCAUAUGUUAUAGUAUUCUUUUAUCUGUUACAGGUACGAA